AUGAGCGAACUCACGGAGCGAUCGAAGUGCGUGUUCCAAGCCAAGUUGGCGGAACAAGCGGAAAGAUACGAUGGUACGACCACCAUUACCUUUCGUUUUAUGUGUGCAUGUGCACUCUUUACGCGUGCACGUGUGUAUAUAUUUGUGCUCAAUUGGAACCAUCAGAUCGGGUCGUUUUGUUCCAUCAUUUUCUCGUUUAAACGUGCUUCGUUUGGUUGCGUUUAUACGUGCAAAGAAACUAACACCAUUGCUUUCUCAAUACUCACAAUACUACUCACACAAUGCAGAGAUGAUCGUGGCUUUGAAGAAACUGUUGAAGAGCGUAACUUACUCUCGGUGGGGUACAAAAAUUUCGUCGGCUCUCGCCGAGCGUCCUGGCGCAUCCUCUCGGCGUUGGAAGACAAAGAGAAGACGAAAGGACGAGACGAAAACGCGGCGAAGAUAACCGAUUACCGCUCGAAAGUUGAGGAGGAGUUGGAGAAGAUAUGCGCGGAGAUUAUCGAUACGUUGAAAGAGAGUUUGAUUCCGAGAAUGGAAAAGUCGGAAAGCGCGGACGCGGCGGAGACUUCGGUGUUUUACCAUAAAAUGUCGGGCGAUUAUUAUCGAUAUUUGAGCGAGUUUCGAGCGUCGCCGGGGAGAGAGGAAGCGGGAGAGAAGGCGUGUGAGAGUUACGAGAAAGCGUCGGAGAUUGCGAGCGGGAAGAAUGGGUUACACCCGACCCAUCCGACCAGAUUGGGGUUAGCUUUGAACUAUUCCGUGUUCCAUUACGAGAUUUCAAACGAUCCGACGAAAGCGUGCGCUUUAGCGCGAACGGCGUUUGACGAAGCGAUUACGGAUUUGGACACGUUGGACGACGAAUCGUACAAGGAUUCGACUUUGAUCAUGCAAUUGUUGAGAGAUAACUUGACCCUGUGGACGAGCGAGUUAGCGGACGAGGAAGGUGAAUAA